AUGCCCACCACAAUUUCUGCUCCCACACUGAGUACACCAACUCAAACAUCAAUUGCUUCCACAACUGGAGAACAUACGACUGUCACUGAACUGCCACGCACUGACAAAACUACAACUGAAGCUACCACAUUCACAUCGACUGAAAAGACUCCAGAAACAACCUCACAAACAGGCACGCAAGAAAUGAUUACAGCACCUGUCACGGACACAACUGCACACAUUGCAUCAACAACUCAAAUUCAAACAGAAACAGAGAACACAACUUCCCAACUUCCUACAACAACACAUCUUUUAACCCCUACUACUGAAACAACACAACCUGAAGAAAUUAUUACAACUCACACUGCAGAGCCUCUAACAUCGACAACAAAACUACCAUCUCUAACAACUCUAGCCGAAGAAGAGGAAACAUCUAUGCCCACCACAAUUUCUGCUUCUACAGUGAGUACACCAACACAAACAACUAUUGCUCCCUCAACUGCAGAACAUACGACUGUCACUGAUUUGCCACGCACUGACAAAACUACAACUGAAGCUACCACAUUCACAUCCACUGAAAAGACUCCAGAAACAACCACACAAACAGGCACACCAGAAAUGAUUACAGCACCUGUCACGGAGACAACUGCACACAUUGCAUCAACAACUCAAAUUCAAAGAGAAACAGAGGAAUCAACUUCCCAACUUCCUACAACAACAUAUCUUAUAACACCUACUACUGAAACAACAACACAACCUGACGAAAUUAUUACAACUCACACUGCAGAACCUCUAACAGCGACAACAAAACUACCAUCUCUAACAACUCUAGCCGAAGAAGUAGAAACAUCUAUGCCCACCACAAUUUGUGCUCCCACAGUGAGUACACCAACUCAAACAACUACUGUUACCUCAAUUUCAGAACAUACGACUGUCACUGAACUGCCACGCACUGAGAAAACUACAACUGAAGCUACCACAUUCACAUCGACUGAAAAGACUCCAGAAACUACCACACAAACAGGCACACCAGAAAUGAUUACAGCACCUGUCACGGACACAACUGCACACAUUGCAUCAACAACUCAAAUUCAAACAGAAACGGAGGAAUCAACUUCCCAACUUCCUACAACAACACAUCUUAUAACACCUACUACUGAAACAAGAACACAACCUGAAGAAAUUAUUACAACUCACACUGAAGAACCUCUACAAGCGACAACAAAACUACCAUCACUAACAACUCUAGCCGAAGAAGUAGAAACAUCUAUGCCCACAACUAUUUCUGCUCCCACACUGAGUACACCGACUCAAACAACUAUUGCUUCCUCAACUGCAGAACAUACGACUGUCACUGAACUGCCACGCACUGACAAAACUACAACUGAAGCUACCACAUUCACAUCCACUGAAAAGACUCCAGAAACAACCACACAAACAAGCAUACCAGAAAUGAUUACAGCACCUGUCACGGAAACAACUGCACACAUUGCAUCAACAACAGAAUUUCAAACAGAAACCGAGAAGACAACUUCACAACUUCCUACAACAACACAUCAUAUAACACCUACUACUGAAACAACAGAACCUGAAGAAAUUAUUACAACUCACACUGCAGAACCUCUAACAGCGACAACAAAACUACCAUCUCUAAUAACUCUAGCCGAAGAAGUAGAAACAUCUAAGCCCACCACAAUUUCUUUUCCUACAGUGAGUACACCAACACAAACAACUAUUGCUUCCUCAACUGCAGAACAUACGACUGUCACUGAACUUCCACGCACUUACAAAACUACAACUGAAGCUACCACAUUCACAUCGACAGAAAAGACUCCAGAAACAACCACACAAACAGGCACAGCAGAAAUGAUUACAGCACCUGUCACGGACACAACUGCACACAUUGCAUCAACAACACAAAUUCAAACAGAAACAAAGGAAUCAACUUCCCAACUUCCUACAACAACACAUCUUUUAACACCUACUACUGAAACAACAACACAACCUGAAGAAAUUAUUACAACUCACACUGCAGAACCUCUAACAGCGACAACAAAACUACCAUCUCUAACAACUCUAGCCGAAGAAGUAGAAACAUCUAUGCCCACAACUAUUUCUGCUCCUACAAUGAGUACACCAACUCAAACAACUAUUGCUUCCUCAACUGCAGAACAUACAACUGUCACUGAACUGCCACGCACUGACAAAACUACAACUGAAGCUACCACAUUCACAUCGACUGAAAAGACUCCAGAAGAAAACAGACAAACAGAACCUCUAACAGCGACAACAAAACUACCAUCUCUAACAACUCUAGCCGAAGAAGUAGAAACAUCUAUGCCCACAACGAUUUCUGCUCCUACAGUGAGUACACCAACUCAAACAACUAUUGCUUCUUCAACUGCAGAACAUACGACUGUCACUGAACUGCCACGCACUGACAAAACUACAACUGAAGCUACCACGUUCACAUCGACUGAAAAGACUCCAGAAGAAAACAGACAAACAGGCACAACAGAAAUGAUAACAGAACCUGUCACGGACACAACUGCACACAUUGCAUCAACAACUCAGAUUCAAACAGAAACAGAGAAGCCAACUUCCCAACUUCCUACAACAACACAUAUUUUAACACCUACUACUGAAACAACAACACAACCUGAAGAAAUUAGUACAACUCACACUGCAGAACCUCUAACAGCAACAACAAAGCUACCAUCUCUAACAUCUCUAGCCGAAGACGUAGAAACAUCUAUGUCCACCACAAUUUCUGCUCCCACAGUGAGUACACCAACUCAAACAACUAUUGCUUCCUCAACUGCAGAACAUACGACUGUCACUGAUCUGCCACGCACUGACAAAACUACAACUGAAGCUACCACAUUCACAUCGACUGAAAAGACUCCAGAAACAACCACACAAACAAGCACACCAGAAAUGAUUACAGCACCUGACACGGACACAACUGCACACAUUGCAUCAACAACAGAAAUUCAAACAGAAACCGAGAAGACAACUUCCCAACUUCCUACAACAACACAUCUUAUAACACCUACUACUGAAACAACAACACAACCUGAAGAAAUUAUUAUAACUCACACUGCUCAACCUCUAACAGGGACAACAAAACUACCAUCUCUAACAACUCUAGCCGAAGAAGUAGAAACAUCUAUGCCCACCACAAUUUCUGCUCCCACAUUGAGUACACCAACUCAAACAACUAUUGCUUCCUCAACUGCAGAACAUACGACUGUCACUGAACUGCCACGCACUGUCAAAACUACAACUGAAGCUACCACAUUCACAUCGACUGAAAAGACUCCAGAAACAACCACACAAACAGGCACAACAGAAAUGAGUACAGAACCUGUCACGGACACAACUGCACACAUAGCAUCAACAACUCAGAUUCAAACAGAAACCGAGAAGACAACUUCACAACUUCCUACAACAACACAUCUUUUAACACCUACUAGUGAAACAACAACACAACCUGAAGAAAUUAUUACAACUCACACUGCAGAACCUCUAACAGCGACAACAAAACUACCAUCUCUAACAACUCUAGCCGAAGAAGUAGAAACAUCUAUGCCCACCACAAUUUCUGCUCCCACAGUGAGUACACCAACUCAAACAACUAUUGCUUCCUCAACUGCAGAACAUACGACUGUCACUUAUCUGCCACGCACUGACAAAACUACAACUGAAGCUACCACAUUCACAUCGACUGAAAAGACUCCAGAAACAACCACACAAACAGUCACACCUGAAAUGAUUACAGCAUCUGUCACGGACACAACUGCACACAUAGCAUCAACAAUACAAAUUCAAACAGAAACCAAGAAGUCAACUUCCCAACUUCCUACAACAACAUAUCUUAUAACACCUACUACUGAAACAACAACACAACCUGAAGAAAUUAUUACAACUGUCACUUCAGAACCUCUAACAGCGACAACAAAACUACCGUCUCUAACAACUCCAGCCGAAGAUGUACAAACAUCUAUGCCCACCAUAAUUUCUGGUACAACAACGAGCACACCAACUCUAACAUUUAUCGCUUCAUCAACGAUGGAACAAACAAGUGUCAUUAAACUGCCACACGUUAAUAAGACUAGCACUGAAGCUUCCACAUUCACCCCGACUGAAAAGUCUCUAGAAAUUGCAACACAAACAAGCACACCGGAAAUGCUCACAACACCUAUUACAGACACAGCACAGACAUCAACAACUCCAAUUCAAACAGAAACUGAGGAGUCAACUUCCAAACUUUCUACAACAACUCAUCUUAUAACACUUACUACUGAAAGAACAACACGACCUGUUGUUUUUCUAAAAACUGAGACUGCACAACCCCUCACCACAACAACAAAACUACCACCUCUAUCAACCCCAGCCGAAGAAGUAGAAACAUCUAUGCCAAGCACAAUUUCUGAUACCAUAAUGACCCCACCCACUCUAACAACUAUUGCUUCCUCAAUAAUAGAACAUACGACUGUCAGUCGACUGCCACACACUGAUAAAACUAGCACUGAAACUAUUACUUUGACAUCGACUGAAAAGACUCCUGGAAUUACAACACAAACAAGCACGUCAGAAAUGCUUACAUCACCUGUCAGAAUCACAAUGGCACACAUUGCAUCAACAAUUCCAAUUCAGACAGAAACUGAGGAGUCAACUUUCCAUCUUCCUAAAACAACACACGUUAUAACACCUAUUAGCAAAAGCACAACACAUCUUGGAGAUAUUGCAAAAACUGAGACUGCACAACCUCUCACCACAGCAACAAAACUACCUCCACUAUCAACUCUAGUUGAAAAAGUAGAAACAUCUAUGCCCACCACAAUUUUUCAUACCACUAUGACCACACCAACUCAAACAACUAUUGCUUUCUCAACUACAGAACAAAUGACAGUCACUGAACUCCCACGCAGUGAUAUAACUAGCACUGAAGCUGCCACUUUAACAUCGACUGAAAAUACUCCAGGUAUUACAACCCAAAGAAGCACACUAGAAAUGCUUAUAACACCUGUCUCAGACACAACACAGAUUACUUCGACAAGUAAAUUUCAGAGAGAAACUGAGGAAUCUACUCCAGUACUUCGUACAGCUUCUUUUAAUACACCGCACAGUCCAUCUCAAACGACAUCUGCUUCAUCAGCAGAACACCCUGCUAAAUUACUAGUAACUGACAAAUCUAAUGCUGUACUUAGAACUUCAGCAUCACCAGAAAAUCUUGAGUAUCCUGUUCAGAAAGCAAUUACAAAACAUAUGCCCACUCAAACUACCAGCAAUAUGACCACUUUGCUUUAUAUGACCAAUUCUAUUCAAACAGAAACUGCUCCUGUGACAUCCAAUUUUCCUCGAAAAACUGACGUAGACAAAAGUACUGUUCAAAGCACAACACAAAUUACAGAUAUUGAAACUGAACUCCCAACCCAGACAUACCUUUCACAACAGCUAACCACAAGUACUCAACAACCAACUCUAUCUUUUCAGCCAGCAGAACUGGAGUCAAGAAUAACACAUGCAGAUAAAAGCCGAAAGAUAACUGAAUAUUCUACAGCACAACCAAGAACUGCAGCAAGUACUCCAGAAGUUCAAAUCGAGUUCCUCCCAAUAACUACAACCACAACGACAACGACAACCACAGCCACAACCACAACCACAAGACGACCAACAACCACAAGACGACCAACAACCACAAGACGACCAACAACCACAAGACGACCAACAACCACAAGACGACCAACAACCACAAGACGACCAACAACCACAAGACGACCAACAACCACAAGACGACCAACAACCACAAGACGACCAACAACCACAAGACGACCAACAACCACAAGACGACCAACAACCACAAGACGACCAACAACCACAAGACGACCAACAACCACAAGACGACCAACAACUCAAGAAAUUUCCACAGCAAGAACUAAGGUAACUACUGACUUCCUUGAAACAACAAAAUUUCACAACAUAACCACUCAAGAAACAGAGACUGAUAUCAUAACACAGGAUAAACAUCCAGAGGCAGAAAUUACUAUGCAUGCUGUUACUACACAACAAACAAUACUGCCCACUCAAGCUGAAGACACUGGCACAAUGCACACGCCCUCUCAAACAGUAACUUUCUCCAAAGAACACACCAUUCAUACACCACUAACCAGUCAAAGUAGCAUUCAAUACACAACUCAGGAAUCAACUAAAAAAUUUUUCACACAUAUAACUACAAGUACACCAGAACUGCUUACACAAAAUAUCACCAACACAACACACAUUCCUUCAACAAGACAAAAUGAAACAGCUAAAUCUACUUCUCAGCUUCCUCACACAACAAACAUUGGCACAUCUACUAGUGGAAGCACAACACAAUUGACAAGUCUUCUAAAAACGGAAGGAACAGCAAAGAUUACACCAACACUAAAAACUACCAAACAACAAACUCAGUCGGUUGUGGACAAACAUGCACCAACAUCUAUACCAAUCACAUCUGCAACUAGCACAAUGCACACACCAGUUGAUCAGAAAUUUGUUUCAUCAACAGAACACACCAUUGAAAUAACACAAACUGAUCACACUAGUACUGAGAAGACUCUCAAAAUUACAAUACCAGCAUACACACUAGAAUCCCUUACACAAACUACCAAAGACACAACUAGAACACACAUUCCAUCAACAAGUCGAAUUCACACGGUAACUGCUGAAUCAACUUCUCAAAUUCCACACACUGCACAUGUUCACACGUUUACCACUGAAAGCAUACCACAAAUUACAGAUAUUCUGAAAACAGAACAAAAGACAAACACUCCACUACCUCAGACAACAAAAACUGGACAAACAUCUGUACCAAUCACAGAUGUUUCUAGCAUGACACACAUACCAACUCACACUACAAUAACUUUAUCAACACAACAAAAAAACUACACACUGGGUACAAAUGAAACAAGAACAGAAUAUACACCUCAAGAACCACCUGAUAAGAUUUUCGAGACUCAUACACCAGCAACAACACCACAGUUCCUUACACAAUUUCUCACCAAGACUACAAGAAAACACAUACCUUCAACAACGCACAUUCAAAUACAAUCACAAAAAUCUACAACUAAAAUGCCUCAAACAACACAUAUCAAGGCAACAACAACUAAAAGUGCAACAGAAAUUACAGGUAUUGCAACAAAAGACAUUACAUCACCUAUUACCACAAUUACCCAAGAAGCAUUCUCACAAACAUCUAUUCGACCUACACUUGGUGUUUCAACAAUGCGCACACUAACGCCAGCAUCAUAUCCUUCAUCAACAGGACAAAUCAGUUCUACAGGAACACGACUCACCAAUCAAACUAGCACUCAAGCAACAACUGAAAUUACUCCAGAAACAAAGGAAUCUACUUCUCAAAUUCCACAAACAACACAUAUUCACACGCCAACUGUGGAGAGCACAACAGAAUUCACAGAUAUUCUAACAAAAGAGACUACACCACCUCUCACCUCAACUACAGAACAACCAUCUCUGUCUACUCGAGCCAAAGAUGUAACAACAACGCUCAUUGCUAGAACACUGCAUACAGCACCACAAACAACAAUUCCUUCAGCAACAACACAACACACUGCUACCAGUGAAAAACUAAUAACUGAUCAAACUACCACUCAAUAUACAACUGAGGCGACAACUACAAAGUUGCCAGAAAUUACUACAACAGAAACAACACCAGAAUUCUUUACGCAAAAUAUAACAUCCAAAAAAACCCAGAUUAUUUCGACGAUUCAAAUUCCUCGGGAAACAAAGAAAUCUACUUCUCAAAUUCCACAAACAACACACAUUCACACACCAACCGUUGAAAGCACAACAGAAUUCACAGAUAUUCUAACAAAAGAGACUACACCACCUCUCACCUCAACUACAGAACAACCAUCUCUGUCUACUCGAGCCAAAGAUGAACCAACAACGUUCGUUGCUACAAAUCUGCAUACAGCACCACAAUCAACAAUUCCUUCAGCAACAACAGAACAUACUACUACCAGUGAAAAACUAAUAACUGAUCAAACUACCACUCAAUAUACAACUGAGGCGUCAACUACAAAGUUGCCAGAAAUUACUACAACAGAAACCACACCAGAAUUCCUUACGCAAAAUAAAACAUCCACGAAAACCCAGAUUACUUUGACGAGUCAAAUUCCUCCAGAAACAAAGGAAUCUACUUCUCAAAUUCCUCAAACAACACACAUUCACACACCAACUGUUGAAAGCACAACUCAAUUCACAGAUAUUCUAACAAAAGAGACUACACCACUUCUUACGUCAACUACAGAACAACCAUCUCUGUCUACUCGAGCCAAAGAUGUGCCAACAACGCCUGUCUCUAUAACACUGCGUACAGAACCACAAACAACAAUUCCUUCAGCAACAACAGAAUACACUACUACCAGUGAAAAACUAAUAACUGAUCAAACUACCACUCAAUAUACAACUGAGGCGACAACUACAAAGUUGCCAAAAAUUACUACAAUAGAAACCACACCAGAAUUCCUUACGCAGAAUAUAACAUCCACAACAACUCAGAUUACUUCGACGAGUCAAAUUCCUCGGGAAACAAAGAAAUCUACGUCUCAAGUUCCCAAAACAACACACAUUCAUACACCAACUGUUGAAAGCACAACGGAAUUCACAGAUAUUCUAACAACAGAGACUACACAACCUCUCACCUCAAAAACAGAACAACCAUCUCUGUCUACUCGAGCCAAAGAUGUACCAACAACGGUCGUUGCUACAACAGUGCAUACAGCACCACAAACAACAAUUCCUUCAGCAACAACAGAAAGUACUACUACCAGUGAAAAACUAAUAACUGAUCAAACUACCACACAAUAUACAAUUCAGGCGUCAACUACAAAGUUGCCAGAAAUUACAACAACAGAAACCACACCAGAAUUCCUUACGCAAAAUAUAACAUCCACGAAAACCCAGAUUACUUCGACGAGUCAAAUUCCUCCAGACACAAAGGAAUCUACUUCUCAAAUUCCUCAAACAACACACAUUCACACACCAACUGUUGAAAGCACAACACAAUUCACAGAUAUUCUAACAACAGAGACUACACCACCUCUCACCUCAACUACAGAACAACCAUCUCUGUCUACUCGAGCCAAAGAUGUACCAACAACGUUCGUUGCUACAACACUGCAUACAGCACCACAAACAACAAUUCCUUCAGUAACAACAGAACAUAGUACUACCAGUGAAAAGCUAAUAACUGAUCAAACUAGCACUCAAUAUACAACUGAGGAAUCAACUACAAAGAUGCCAGAAAUUACUACAACAGAAACAACACCAAAAUUCCUUACGCAAAAUAUAACAUCCACAACAACCAUGAUUACUUCGACGAGUCAAAUUUCUCCGGAAACAAAGGAAUCUACUUCUCAAAUUCCUCAAACAACACACAUUCACACACCAACGACUGAAAGCACAACACAAUUCACAGAUAUUCUUACAACAGAGACUACACCACCUCUCACCUCAACUACAGAACAACCAUCUCUGUCUACUCGAGUCAAAGAAACUACACCACCUCUCACCUCAACUACAGAACAACCAUCUCUGUCUGCUCGAGCCAAAGAUGUAACAACAACGCUCGUUGCUAACAACAGUGCAUACAGCACCACAAACAACAAUUCCUUCAGCAACAACAGAAACACUACUACCAGUGAAAGACUAAUAACUGAUCAAACUACCACUCAAUAUACAACUGAGACGUCAACUACAAAGUUGCCAGAAAUUACAACAACAGAAACCACACCAGAAUUCCUUACGCAAAAUAUAACAUCCACAACAACCCAGAUUACUUCGACGAGUCAAAUUCCUCCGGAAACAGAGAAAUCUACUGCUCAAAUUCCUCAAACAACACACAUUCACACACCAACUGUUGAAAGCACAACACAAUUCACAGAUAUUCGAACAACAGAGACUACACCACCUCUCACCUCAGCUACAGAACAACCAUCUCUGUCUACUCGAGUCAAAGGUGACCCAACAACGCUCGUUGCUACAAAACUGCAGACAGCACCACAAACAACAAUUCCUUCAGCAACAACAGAACACACUACUACCAGUGAAAAAUUAAUAACUGAUCAAACUACCACACAAUAUACAACUGAGGCGUCAACUACAAAGUUGCCAGAAAUUACAACAACAGAAACCACACCAGAAUUCCUUACGCAAAAUAUAACAUCCACAACAACCAAGAUUACUUCGCCGAGUCAAAUUCCUCCGGAAACAAAGAAGUCUACUUCUCAAAUUCCUAAAACAACACACAUUCAUACACCAACGACUGAAAGCACAACACAAUUCACAGAUAUUCAAACAACAGAGACUACACCACCUCUCACCUCAACUGCAAAACAACCAUCUCUGUCUACUCGAGCCAAAGAUGUACCAACAACGCUCGUUGCUACAACCCCGCAUACAGCACCACAAACAACAAUUCCUUCAGCAACAACAGAACACACUACUACCAGUGAAAAGCUAAUAACUGAUCAAACUAGCACUCAAUAUACAACUGAGGAAUCAACUACAAAGAUGCCAGAAAUUACUACAACAGAAACAACACCAAAAUUCCUUACGCAAAAUAUAACAUCCACAACAACCAUGAUUACUUCGACGAGUCAAAUUUCUCCGGAAACAAAGGAAUCUACUUCUCAAAUUCCUCAAACAACACACAUUCACACACCAACGACUGAAAGCACAACACAAUCACAGAUAUUCUAA